AUGGCGGCUGGGGACAUUCGGUUACAGAAAGGUGCCCGCAGAUACUGGUCCAGUUAUGGAGUACAAUUGCCUUCAAGGACCCUGAAACCAAACAAGUUGGCUGCUCUGCUCCUUUUACUUCUUAUCUUUUUACCCAAUCCCAUAUGGGAGCAUCUCUACCCCAAGAGUGUAACAUCAAAGAAGGAAAGCUCUUUACCUUCAUUUGCGGUGGCCUAUAAAUUUGAAGAUUAUGGAGAAUCAGAAGAAGCGUCUCCGAAAAGCAACACUGAAACACAUUUAUUCCAGAAAACCAAAACAAUGUUUUCUAUUCUUCCUACAACCAACACUGAUCCACCAAUAAAAAUCAUAGCCACAAAGACAUUCACAGGCGAGAGAAAGACAAAUCUCCCAACGACAGAUAAAAACAUCUUAGCAAGUCAAGAGCUGCCACUUCCAACUCAGCCUGCAAGGACCACCAGCAGAUGGAAAGUCAAGUCCAUGACUCUUAACAAACAUGUUAUAGUCAUGCCACUUCAGGCAAAAAGUUUUACUGCUGAGCCCGAGUGGAAGAUCGAGGAAGAUUAUAUUCUGGAUACGUCUGCCUCCAAGACCAAGUGCGGACAUCGUGGGACAUACCAAAGUGGAGGGGGAGAGGUGGGCGUGCACUGCUGCAGGAACGUGGAGCAGAGUUGUCCUAUAUCUGUAAAAAUCAAGGCUCUCAAUUCAUCUUGGCUAAAAGAGAAAUUCCUUAACCAAAUCACAAUAUUUCUGGAUAAUCACCACUUCAGUAAUCAUGAAUGGGUCAGACUGGGACACUUUAUUCCUCCAUAUGGCUGGAUGGAAUUAAACUACACUGUGGUUCGGGAGGUGGUUUCUGCUCUUCCGCGGAUCCCAGACCAGCAGCUACUUCUCACUGAGAAGAGUGAGGAUAAGUUUCCACGCUGCAUUAGCUGUGCUGUGGUUGGGAACGGAGGCAUUCUCAAUGCAUCAGGUCUCGGCAGGGAGAUUGAUGAACAUGAUUACGUAUUUCGUGUCAAUGGAGCAGUAAUCACGGGACAUGAAAAGGAUGUCGGAGUUCGGACCUCAUUCUAUGGAUUCACUGCUUUCACAAUGUUAUCCUCCUUGUACUUGCUACGUGAAAAAGGAUUCCCCAAUAUUCCACGGGACAAGGAGACAAAGUACAUCCUUUUCACUGAGGCACGGAGGGACUAUGAGUGGUUAAAGGCUUUACAGCAGAACAAAGACAUCAAAAGAGGCACUCUGGAGCAAUACAGGCUUCACCCGAGGAAUGACUUUGGGAACAAUUUUGACUUUAACAGGCUAUUAGUUGCACAUCCAGAUUUUGUACGAUAUCUGAAGAACAGGUUCCUGAGGUCAUCCACACUAAGUGGAAAACACUGGAGUAUAUAUAGGCCAAGUACUGGUGCCCUGGUGCUGCUGACAGCCCUACAUCUGUGUGACACGGUCAGUGCCUAUGGCUUUAUGACUCAUGAUUACAGAAAUUACUCUGAUCAUUACUACGACAAGGACAAAACUAAGAUAAUUUUGUACUCCAAUCAUGAUUUUCUUUUGGAAAAAGACCUGUGGGCACAGCUGCACCAUGAAAAUAUCAUGAAACUUUAUCAGCGGACAUAG